GCCGUGCUACAGCCACCGGAGCGGGACGAUGCUGCCGGGCAGCCGGUGCCCGUCCCGGAGGCACUCCUGCAUCGGGUAGGUGCUGGGGACGCGGUGGCCCCGGUGCCAUCUGCGCUCCCCCGCUGUUCUGGGGUGGCUGCGGGAGGGGACAGGCGCUGGGUGGCCCUGGCCGUGUCCCUGCUGCGUGCAGCCUUUCCCAUGACCCCGGGGCCGGCGGAGCAGCAGGGUGGGUGAGGCGGCUUGGGGACACUGCGGGGUCACCAUCGUGCCCCCUGUCCCCCCUGGGUGCACACGGCUGCCAGGUGACUCCGGCUGGGGUGUCCCUGGGCCGCUGCCAGCGUGUCCCCAGGGGCCGGGGCUUGGCUUCUGCGUCGGUUUCUGUCCUUCGAUGUCCCCUGGCUCUGUGCCGUGGCUGGAUGUUGUCCCCUCCAUGGGACACGGCACCUCGAGACGGGGCUGAUGGAGGCUUUGGAGGACUUGGGACCGUGGUGCUGGUGACAGGUAGGGGGAGGGACAGGCAGGAGCCAGCCCUUCCUGGGGUCCCUGGAGCUGGGUCCUGUCCCACCCGGGUGACACGGGACAGCCCGGCUCUGCCACUCGGUGUCCCAGAGCCCGCUGUGCCAGCAGGAGCUGAGGGUCUGCACCGAGCUGGGCCCGUUCUCAGCAGCAGGGCCAGACCGGGCACCGGUGUCACCACAGGGUCACCGAGCCAGAGCGUGCUGGACAGAGCGAGAUGGUGGCACAGACACCCCGAGAAACGCGACAGCAUCUCCUGGGCUCAGGUCCCUGUGCCACGUCCCCCGUGCCAGCCUUGUCCCCUGUCCCCUCACAGCUUUGACCUGGAGAAUGGCCCCCCCGGCCGGGGCACCCUGGACCCCCAGGCCAGCCCGGGCGCGGGGCUGGUCCUGCAGGGCACCUUCUCCCACGGCCAGCGCCGAGAGUCCUUCCUCUACCGCUCCGACAGCGACUACGACCUGUCCCCAAAAGCCAUGUCCCGCAACUCCUCCAUCGCCAGCGACCUGCAUGGAGAAGACAUGAUCGUCACCCCCUUUGCCCAGGUCCUGGCCAGCCUCCGCACAGUCCGCAGCAACCUCAGCCACCUCCAGGACCGCGCUGGCAUCAAGCGGGGAUCGAGCAGCAGCCUGCCCUCGGCGAGCAAGGCCAGCCUCUCCGAAGAUGCCCAGCAGAAGCUCUCGAGGGAGACCCUGGAGGAGCUGGAUUGGUGCUUGGACCAGCUGGAGACGCUGCAGACCAGGCACUCGGUCAGCGAGAUGGCCUCCAACAAGUUCAAGCGGAUGCUGAACCGGGAGCUGACGCAGCUCUCGGAGACCAGCCGCUCCGGGAACCAAGUGUCCGAGUACAUCUCCAGCACCUUCCUGGACAAGCAGCACGAGGUGGAGAUCCCCUCGGCACUGGCCAAGGACAAGGAGAAGGAGCGGAGGAAGCGCCCCAUGUCGCAGAUCAGCGGCGUCAGGAAGCUCAAGCACGGCUCCAGCCUGGCCGCCGCCGGCAUCCCCCGUUUCGGGGUGCGCACGGACCACGAGGCGCUGCUGGCCAAGGAGCUGGAGGACACCAACAAGUGGGGUCUCGACGUGUUCAAAGUGGCCGAGUACUCGGGGAACCGCCCGCUGACCGUCAUCAUGUACAGCAUCUUCCAGGAGCGGGACCUGAUGAAGACCUUCCGCAUCCCCGUCAACACCUUCAUCACCUACAUGCUGACGCUGGAGGACCACUACCACGCCGACGUGGCCUACCACAACAGCCUGCACGCCGCCGACGUGGCGCAGUCCACGCACGUCCUGCUCUCCACGCCCGCGCUGGAGGCUGUCUUCACGGACCUGGAGAUCAUGGCUGCCAUCUUUGCCAGCGCCAUCCAUGAUGUCGACCACCCCGGGGUCUCCAACCAGUUCCUCAUCAACACCAACUCAGAACUGGCCCUGAUGUACAACGACGCCUCGGUGCUGGAGAACCACCACCUGGCCGUGGGCUUCAAGCUCCUCCAGGAGGAGAACUGCGACAUCUUCCAGAACCUGAGCAGGAAGCAGAGGCAGACGCUCCGUAAAAUGGUCAUCGACAUGGUGUUAGCCACGGACAUGUCCAAGCACAUGAACCUGCUGGCGGACCUGAAGACCAUGGUGGAGACCAAGAAGGUGACCAGCCUGGGGGUGCUGCUGCUGGACAACUACUCCGACCGGAUCCAGGUCCUGCAGAACAUGGUGCACUGCGCCGACCUCAGCAACCCCACCAAGCCCCUGGAGCUGUACCGGCAGUGGACCGACCGUAUCAUGGUGGAGUUCUUCCGCCAAGGAGACCGGGAGCGGGAGAAGGGCAUGGAGAUCAGCCCCAUGUGCGACAAGCACACCGCCUCCGUGGAGAAGUCCCAGGUGGGAUUCAUCGACUUCAUCGCCCACCCGCUGUGGGAGACCUGGGCCGACCUGGUGCACCCCGACGCGCAGGAGCUGCUGGACACGCUGGAGGACAACCGGGAGUGGUACCAGAGCAUGAUCCCGCGCAGCCCCUCGCCCCCGCCCGAGCCGCCCGCGCCGUCCCCCGCCACCACCGACAAGUUCCAGUUCCAGCUGGCGCUGCAGGAGGAGGAGGAGGAGGAGGGUGAGUCGGACACGGAGCCGGAGGGGGCCGAGAGCCCCUUGGAGGAGGACAACAGCGGCUCCAAGACACCGGGCACGGAUGACUCGGAGCCUGCCGACGCCAAGCGCCCGUCACCCGGCCCCGGGGACCGGGACUCGCCUGUCCCCCGCCCCAGGGACGUGGACAACCGGCAGGCGCUGGAGGGGACGCUGCCCAAGGACGGUGGCAGCGGGCGCUCGGUGCCAGGGCCCGAGGGCAGCCAGGGGCUGUGCCUGGACACAGAGGGCAACGUCACAUUCCUGUCCCUGGGCACGUAGCGCCACCGGCCCGGGGGUCCCCUGGCUGCUGGGGGGACGUGGGACUGGGCACGGCCCUGAGCGGCGCUGGGGACAGCGGGGAGCUGGCACUGGGCAGCACUGGCACCGCAGGAGCUCGGAGGCACCCAGGAUGUGUCCCCGUUCGGGACCUGCGCAGGUCCUGACAGGUAGGAGGACGCUGCUGGUCUCCCCGGGAAAGGUCCCUGUCCCCUUCAGACAGGGCGUGGGGACACCCCAGCCCUGGGGACAUCACAGCCCAGGGGCUGCAGCAAGGAGCAUUCCAGCACCUUUCCGGGUGUCCCCUUGCAGGAGGGCAGCCCCAUGGUGGGACGAGGUGGGCAGAAGGUGCUGGUGACACCCCCAGCACCAGCACACGGCACAGGCACAGCUCAGAGCUUUAUUUAUUUGGGGAUAGGUUCACUUUUUAAAGCCUUUUGUAGCUCACUUUUUACUACGGGCCUCCCCGAGGCACACACGCAUUUUUUGGGGGCGGAAAGAUGCAUUUUUUGGGGAGAAAACUUGCAUUUCUGCUCUGCGAUCGCUCCAAACGCCAUUUGCAUUUCACAUGUGGGACCCUGGCGGGCACUGUCACCACCCCCCCACCUCCAUCUCCACCUGGGGCAGGGUCCUUUGGGAUUCUUCUUCACCUCCCAGAGAUUAAACCCGGUUUGUUCCACCCUAAA